GUGACUUAAUUGAUAGCUUUGUGCUUUAAUCUCCUAUAAAAUAUUGUUUAAAGCCAAGCUUAGCUCUAAUAACUGAAGCUCUUUUAUGAGCGACCAGUACCUAUUAUUAUUCCCCGCUCGUGUGAUCCCUGUCAAGGUCGAACUGAAGCUGACAAUCCAACAGGUUCGCUUAAUGAAUAACAACCAACGCUCGUCGAUAAUAAGAGUAAGCUGGCCAUUAUAAAAUCAUACUUCUACAAAUUCAUAUUCAUGUUAUUGUUGUCGAGAAAAUUUGGGCCAUGGCCGAGAGUUAUCAAGCUUCAAUUGCUCCAGCACCCCUGAGCACCGAAGGAGGAUUUAUCUGCGACAAGUGCAAGGCCAUAGAUUUCAGCAAAGCUUUGGCGGUACCCCCGGUCCACCUCCGCGAGGCCAUAGGCCGGAAGUGCGGUGUUCUGCUCGACACGGAUGCUUCGCGGUAUGUGCGCUCGCUAAAUACCGACUGUAGACUUUGCCGCAUUCUGCGUUCUACAAUAUGCUGGUAUCACGGCGCGUGGUCGGACCCCGACACGCAGGCCGGUCAAGAUUCCAUCGACAGGUUUGAGUUAUACGCGUUCGCUUCAUCGAGAAAUGUUCCCUGGGGAUUUAGGAAACCAAGACCAGAUCAAGACUGUCAUAUCCUCAUUACCCUUCCUGCUGGCUUCUUUGCUAGCUUUGGGGACCAUUCGAGGGAGUGCGGCCGGGGCGAAGCGGGAUAUGUAUUCUGCUUUGCGGAACAUCCUAAGCCGGGUCUGUUUAGACCCCAAGUAGUUCCUCAGCGAUUUGAUUAUCGACGGGCUCGUCUCUGGUUAGAAUUCUGCAGGGAUCAUCAUGCGCAGCAAUGUUAUAGUGUAGUGGAGAUUGUGCCGGGAAUGGAAUUAAUCGAUUGCGAGACUUGGACUAUGGUGAAGGCAGAACCAGGCAUGCGAUGGGUGGCCCUGAGCUACCUCUGGAGACUGGAAGAGAAACCAGAGGAACCUCUAGACACCAGCCAUGAAUCUUUGUCUUCACGCUUUUCCUCUUCUGUUCCUAACUCCGUUAAAGACGCCGCUACAGUAGUAAAGCAGCUCGGAUUACGAUAUCUUUGGAUAGACCGCUAUUGUAUCGAUCAAAGUAAUGCAGGACAAAAGGCUUUUCACAUUUCGCAUAUGGAUGCGAUCUACCGUGGAGCGGAGCUGGUCAUUAUCACUGCGGCUGGCUCCGACGAACGCUACGGUUUGCCGGGAGUUGGAUCUACGCCUCGCUUACAACAAGAAAUUGUUCAACUCGAGUCCUCCACGAUCUUUACUACCGGCCCUGACCCCCGCUGGCACGUACAAGAGCACUCUCGAUGGUGGACAAGAGGCUGGACGUUUCAAGAAGGAUUGCUAGCUAAUCGGCGUCUUGUGUUUACUGAGCAUCAGGCGUACUUUGAAUGCCAUUGCGCAACUUGGAUGGAGUCGGUAGGCGGUCUCGAAUUCAUCCCGAACCCGGAGAACAUCGACUUAUCAAGUAUGAAGUCUGCGCGUAACCGUUUGUUCAAGUCUUUGGGGAAUACUAUCUCCGACAGACCGGAUAUCCCCCCAAGCGUUAGUGAGGAAGGCACUGAGAAAUCAAAUGGGGAUUACCUCGUUGCAAUUCGAAUCAGAGAAUGGUGCCACUUGGUUCAGCGGUAUACGGCACGCACGCUAAGCCACGACUCAGAUUCGCUAAAUGCUUUCGCAGGAAUUGCACGGGUGCUAAGUAAACUCGAGCCUGCUACUCUUCACCUCGUCGGUCUCCCGUAUGUGCUGUCAGCAGACGAUACCGAGCUCAUUGAUAAGUACUUCUCCAUAGCUUUCUGCUGGCAUCAUAAAGGGGACAGUGCUCCCAGGCGCAGACCAGAUUUCCCCUCGUGGACUUGGGCUGGCUGGGCGGGAUCUGUUGCGUGGAUGGGCGCUUGGAUACUUAAAAGCAGGGACGAGUGCUUCCCUAAAUGGCGUAAUGUGGGCGUCCGAUAUUCAACGGACCAGCUCCGUCCCGUUUCGGAGUACUUAGCGCAAGACCGUUCUGCAGACUACGGUAUUGCACCACCCCUUUCUAUCUGCUUCGAAGCCAGGGUGGUCCCGUCGUCACUUUUCCAGUUUAACGUCAGAGAGCCUGGUGACGGCCGUGUAGUUGGCUCAAGUAAAGGGAGCGAAGAGGAGGCAGGCGAUGCAGAGGAUGACAGCGACAAUAGUAGUGAGCAUGAUGAUAAUGAAGAUGGAAACAGCGAUAAUGGUAAGGGUGAAUCUCGGCACGACGGUAGCCAUAACGGUGAGACUCAGAACGAUAACGAAGAUGACGACGAGGAUAACGAAGGUUCGCUAGUAGAAAGCGAUCCAGUUGUUGCCGAUCCUAACGACUGGGCCUUGUGGACCAUCGAUAGACACGGCGUGCCCGAUCGGAUAGCAAAGCCCACGAAUACGCCGAGGGAGUUCCUCGAUCGCUUAGAUGAUGGUACCUGGACAUGUCUUCUGAUUGGGGAUUUCUGGGGGAAUAACGGUUUUACGCACGAGAGGUUUCUCUUAGUCGUAGAGUGGUUAGACGAGAACACGGCGACUCGGGUUGGCGCCCUUGUACUCGAACAGCAUCCUUAUUUAGAUGCUGCCUAUCCUAAUUUCUUCGACGAGAGCGGUCUAUAGAACCGCAAGUGAUAGGACUGGAAAACGAAGAAUCCAACCAUAUUUCCGAUUCCUGUUUUCUCUCCGCGAUCGUGUUUCUAUGUGGAUGGCACCUAAUUCAAAUUUACUGGCAGCGCUUAAACUAAUACUUAAGCCCUAAGGCAGUCUUGUUUUCUUUUCGGUCAUGACGAGCAUGAGGCUUCGCGACAGCUACUUGCUACUAAAUUAUGGUGGUGGCUAUGCCGUAAUCCGCGAAUAAGAGUGAAUGGGUGACAGCAAAUCUAUAGCACUGGGCACGUAUGAUUAUAAGCG